CUUCCCAUCAGUACUUGAGCAGAGGGAAGCAAAGUUUUAGGAAAUGCCGAUUGCACAGUUGCUGGAGCUAUGGAAGAAGAUCGAGGUGGAGCCCAUGGAGAUAGAGACCCCCGAGGACGACGGUGACCUGGACGCGGAGCCCGUCGUACAAGAUGCCGCGGAGGAAGAGGAAGGCACCGUCAAGGAGAUCGACAUCAGCCACCAUGUGAAGGAGGGGUUUGAGAAGGCUGACCCUUCCCAGUUCGAGCUGCUGAAGGUCCUGGGGCAGGGCUCCUACGGGAAGGUGUUCCUGGUGAGGAAGGCCCAGGGCUCUGACGCAGGACAGCUGUACGCCAUGAAGGUCCUCAAGAAAGCCACCCUGAAAGUUCGAGACCGGGUCCGAUCGAAGAUGGAGAGAGACAUCCUGGCGGAAGUGAGCCACCCUUUCAUCGUAAAACUUCAUUACGCCUUUCAGACGGAAGGAAAGCUCUACUUGAUACUGGACUUCCUGCGAGGAGGGGACCUCUUCAGCCGGCUCUCCAAAGAGGUGAUGUUCACGGAGGAGGAUGUCAAGUUCUACCUGGCUGAGCUGGCCUUGGCCUUGGACCACCUGCACGGCCUGGGGAUCAUCUACAGGGACCUGAAGCCCGAGAACAUCCUGCUGGACGAGGAGGGACACAUUAAGAUCACAGAUUUCGGGCUGAGUAAGGAGGCCAUCGACCACGACAAGCGGGCCUACUCCUUCUGCGGGACGAUCGAGUACAUGGCGCCCGAGGUGGUGAACCGGCGGGGCCACACGCAGAGCGCCGACUGGUGGUCCUUCGGCGUGCUCAUGUUUGAGAUGCUCACGGGAUCUCUGCCAUUCCAGGGGAAGGACAGGAAGGAGACCAUGGCCCUCAUCCUCAACUGCAGCGGAGACACGGAAGCGGAUCCCCGAGGGAUCCCGCCCAGCACGCUGCCCGACGGUCAGACGUGUCCAGUGGACAUAGAAGGGGGUCGUCAAGGACAAAACAGCCGAUUUAACAUGUUCGAGGAGAAAAGGAAUAAAAGUAGGAUCCAGAACAAUAGCCAUGUGUGCCCCGGGAAGGCUGACCGCAAGUCCAGUGAUGCCGCGGGACCGGGUGCAGGUUCUCUCCAGGGUGCCGGCCGGGCCGGGCCUCCCCGGGCAGGCGCGGGAGGCGGACCUAGGCCUCCGUCCCCCGAGGUGUCCGUGUCCAGCUCUCGCCCCUCCUUUUCUGCCUGCAUCACACAAGGACGCCAGGAGGGCGUCAUCUUUGGGGAGCCUGGGACGCCAUGUGGGAGCUGCCACCCGACCACAGGUGCCGGCCUGGAUGGGGUGGAGGAGAUCAAGCGGCACCCCUUCUUCGUGACCAUAGACUGGAAUAAGCUGUACCGGAAGGAGAUCAAGCCGCCGUUCAAGCCAGCAGUGGGCAGGCCCGAGGACACCUUCCACUUCGACCCCGAGUUCACAGCCCGGACGCCCACAGACUCGCCUGGCGUGCCCCCCAGCGCCAACGCGCACCAUCUGUUUCGAGGAUUCAGCUUCGUGGCCUCCAGUCUGGUCCAGGAGCCCUCAGCACAGGAGCUGCAGAAAGCCACGGUGCACCCCAUCGUGCAGCAGUUACACGGGAACAACAUACACUUCACCGACGGCUACGAGAUCAAGGAGGACAUCGGGGUGGGCUCCUACUCCGUGUGCAAGCGGUGCGUGCACAAGGCGACCGAGGCGGAGUACGCCGUGAAGAUCAUCGACAAGAGUAAAAGGGACCCCUCGGAAGAGAUCGAGAUUCUCCUGAGAUACGGACAGCACCCGAACAUCAUCACGCUCAAAGACGUCUACGAUGACGGCAAGUUCGUGUACCUGGUGACGGAGCUGAUGCGUGGCGGGGAGCUCUUGGACCGCAUCCUGCGGCAGCGGUGCUUCUCCGAGCGGGAGGCCAGCGACGUGCUGUGGACCAUCACCAAGACCAUGGACUACCUCCACUCCCAGGGGGUUGUGCACCGCGACCUGAAGCCGAGCAACAUUCUGUACAUGGACGAGUCUGGAAACCCGGAGUCCAUCCGGAUCUGCGACUUCGGGUUCGCCAAGCAGCUGCGAGCCGAGAACGGGCUGCUGAUGACACCGUGCUACACGGCGAACUUCGUGGCCCCGGAGGUCCUGAAGCGACAAGGCUAUGACGCGGCGUGUGACAUCUGGAGUCUGGGGACCCUGCUGUACACCAUGCUGGCGGGAUUUACCCCUUUUGCAAACGGACCCGAUGAUACUCCCGAGGAGAUUCUGACCAGGAUCGGGAGUGGGAAGUACGCCCUUUCCGGAGGGAACUGGGACUCGGUCUCCGACGCGGCCAAGGACGUCGUGUCCAAGAUGCUGCACGUGGACCCUCAUCAGCGCCUGACGGCAGUUCAGGUCCUCAAACACCCGUGGAUCGUGAACAGAGAGUACCUGUCGCACAGCCAGCUCAGCAGACAGGACGUCCACUUGGUGAAGGGAGCCAUGGCCGCCACCUACCUUGCCCUGAACAGAACUCCGCAGGCCCCGCGGCUGGAGCCCGUGCUGUCGUCCAGCCUGGCCCAGCGCAGGGGCAUGAAGAGACUCACGUCCACCAGGCUGUAGGGCACGGCCAGGGUCCCGUCGCCGGCACAGCCAGGCCACCCCAGCCCGGCCACGGGGCCCGGCGCCGCCGCGCAUUCCACGUCCUCCCGUUCGGCCCGGAUCGGAUCCGGACUGCGGCCCCCCAGCCUCGCCACGCCCGCCUCCGCCUCCUUGACCCGAGAGCAGCCAGACGGACGCCUCUCACCGCUCACCUCCCUGCUGAACACCUGCGGCGCCCUGCGGGCCCCGUGGGUCUCUUACGACCGUGGCUGAUAUUUAUAGAGAGAUAUUUUUUCCAAUUAUAAAGCCAGCGACUCGGCCGGAUCCCGACACCUGGGUCUUUGUUAUUAGCCCGAGAGGCGCACCGGCCGGUCCACCUGUUGCCGGAAGGACGGGGUCGGCGCGCAGCACCCAGGACGAGGCGCCGGGUCCCCUUCAAGUGAUCCAAAGAGCCCCUGUCCCCUCACCCCCUCGUUUCUGACUGAGGGGCUGGGUGUCCUCUCCCGGGUCACAGACCCGAAUGCGGGGGGAGCCCAGCCCAGAACCGGCCAGUGGUGUCUCUGCCUUGGACGCCUCUUUCCACAAGACCAGCGCGUGUCCCCGGGGAGCAGUCAGCUACGGCCUGUGUCCUUGACCCCCCAGGGGCUGGAUGGCAGGCCGGGGCUGCAGGGCUGGGGUCCAUGCUUCGGCCCAGAGCUUCGGGGAGAGAGCUCUGGGCGCGACGGCUGGCCGCAGUCCCCCGUCAGCCCCCUGUGCUCUCCCAGAGCAGUGGUUCCUCGUGUCUGCUUCCCGCUUUCUGGUCUGUGGGACGCCCCCACACCUCCCCGAGCACUGGCAGCCCUGGGCUGGGGCCUGGGGGGGUGGAGGUGGAAAGACGUGCUGCCAGGGCGGCCAUGCACUUUGUGGAAGCCGUGCUUCUGUGUUGCGUUCGUGCUCUGAUCUUGGGUGACAGGUGCUGCCUCCCCGGGGCACGUGCGUGCAGGGGGCUGCGGGGCCGGCACCGGGCACGGCCCAGGCCGGAGGGGACUCCCCGGGCCUCCGCGGGGUGGGGACGCCCUGGGCCGCAGCCGGGUCUCAGGAAGAAGGCGGAUUUCCUGGUUCCCUUCACUCCCCAUCUCGGCCAGCAGGAGCCACCUGCUCAUUCUGGACAGGCCCCCUCACCUUGGUCCCCUGCUGUUCAGACCUUCACCUGUCACCGGGCUACGGAAGCUUCCGCGCUCUCCCCCGCAGAGCAGGGCGGGGCAGGCUCACCCGCGGUUCCCACAAAGCCUCACUUGGCAUCUGUCUGUCCUGUGUUCCCAGUAGAAAAUGCUCCUCCCUCAAGGCUAAAAGAAAGACUUGACCCACAAUAGUUUCGUUUUAGGUCUGAAUCAUGUUAUCGAUGGUUAGAAACUUAGGAAAAACCAGGCAGCCCGCAGGUGACAGGGUCGCCCUCCUGGGAGGGGACGGACCUCAUCACACCCCCGUCCACGCACGCGGCUUGUGGGCGCGCUGCUCUGCUCGCUGGGGGUCGGCGCGCGAGGGACGCGGCCCGGAGCUCGGCCGGCGUGUGUGCUCCCGGGGCGCCCGCUCUGCUCCGCAUCCCUCUUCAGGGCCACCGUGCACACGGCCCCACCGUCCUCGCUCUGAGAGCCACAGAGGGACCCCGGGGAUCCCCCCGCCCAGGCCGGGCCCCGAGCAGACAGCUGAGGGGCAGCGGCCGAGGCCAGGACCCCAGCGGCACCCACCCGGCUCAGCCGCGCUACCUGAUUGCCCGCCACGUGGCUCUGCCCGCUCAGCUUGGCCAGAACGAGGUGGCACUUGAAACCCUCCGGCAGAAGGUCAGCCUGGAGAAGUCGACGUGAUCUUUCCAACUUCUCUUCAGAGCCUCGAGCGGAGCAGCCAACGGCCGCGGUUUGUAAGCGGUGGUCCUGCCAGGAAGAAGGUCUUGGAUCUAGUGUCCGCCGUGCGGGUCACCCCCGCGGCUCCAUGGGCUUCGCGCAGGGGGUGAGAUCGCACAGAAUGAAAUAGCUGCCCCCCCCCGAAUGUGGAAUCACAGCCCCUCUGGAUCCCCAAACCACAGACUUCGGCGUCAGAAAACGUGGCCGGCCCCUGUGGUCCCUCCCACCUGGAGCCCCCCCAUUCGGCAGAAGCACCUGCCUCGCCCCCCUCACCCCCUCCCAGAUGCCACCCCCAAGUCAGAUUCGGGCAAGAGUGAGGCGUCCCCGCCAUCCUGGAGUCAGAUCGUCUGUGACCCAGUCUCACUGUGUGUGCGUGUGCGGGUGCACGUGUGUGCGUGCGUGUGCGUGUGCGUGUGUGUGUGUAUGUGGCUGCCUGGAGGACGGCCCAGCGCUGGAGGUGAUGGCAGCACUUCACGUUGGCCAGUGUUGUUCACUAAACGGUGUUUCUCCCAAAGCCGCACGUCGGGAUGCUGGCCGUGCGCCCGACGGGGUCUCCGGCACACGGUAAACGCGAUCUGUGCUCGGUUCUUCUUUCCAAAUUGUUCCGCUGCCCUUCGUCUCUCCAAGAGUCCUGAAGGUUCUGGAACAGAAGGACGCCACAGGCCCCGGCAGUGAGGAGCGGGAGGCGGGCUCGUGGAGCCCAGGGUCCCGGGGACGGACCCUCGUCACCGCUGCCGGUCGCCUCCGCAGAGCCCGCCCUCCACCCCUCCCCUGAGUCCGCACUUUGUUUACAAGCCCGCGCUGGUGUGUACAGGUCACGCUCAUGUCCACGCUUUGUACUUUACGUUUGAGACAGGCGCCCACUAUACAGAUAUUUAUUACGCUUUCCAGACUUUCUGAAUAGAUUUUUUGAAUAAACAUGAGUUUUAUGAAGUGUAA